AUGGAGUGCGAGGACUCUUCCCGCCUCUCAGACACAACCUCCGACGAAUCGGCCAUCAAAGACGACUUCCCGGACGGUGGCCUGCGCGCCUGGCUCGUCGUGGCCGGGUCGUGCCUCUCCCUCUUCCCAACUUUUGGCUUCAUCGUCGCCAUCGGCACGCUGCAGGACUACUGGAGCACGCACCAGUUCUCGGACUACGCAGCCCGCGAUGUUGGCUGGAUCUCGUCCACCUUUGCCUUCCUUCCCCUGGCGCUGGGCAUCUUCAUCGGCCCGCUGUUCGACCGCUACGGCCCGCGCUGGAUCCUACUCGUCGGCAGCAUCGGCUACGUCGCCAUGCUCCUGCUGCUGGCCGAGUGCGCCACGUACUGGCAGGUCCUGCUCUGCUGCGGCGUGCUAGGCGGAACCACGGCCGCGAUGGUGACGACUGCCGGUCUCGCCGUGGUCGCACACUGGUUCAAGGACCGCCGCGGCCUCGCGCAGGGCGUCGCAGGGCUCGGGACCUCGACAGGUGGUGUCGUGUUCCCCCUGGUCCUCGAGCACACCCUGUCGCGGUACGGCUACGCCUGGUCCGUCCGCAUCGUGGGCCUCAUCGCGGCGUUCUGCCUGAUCCUCGCGAACAUGCUCGUCCAGGGCCGGACGGUGUGCGCCCACAAGAGGUCCUCGGCGCGGCACAUCUUCUCCCUCUCCCUGUACGGCGACCUGCGCGUCAUCCUGCUCAUCAUCAGCGUCUUCGGCAUGGAGAUUGUCCUCUUCACCGCCCUCGGCGUGCUGCCCACCUACGCCAGCGCGCAGCCGAGCUACCCGCCCAGCACGCGCUUCUACCUCGUCUCGGUGCUCAACGCGGCGUCCUGCCUCGGCCGCCUGGGCCCGGGCUACCUGUCCGACAAGAUCGGGCGCUUCAACACGCUCCUGAUCAUGAUGGCCUUCACGCUCGUCUGGAUGCUCGCGCUCUGGCUGCCCCUCGGGCAGACCUCCCUGGCCGCCCUGUACGCCUUCACCGCCCUCUUCGGCUUCGGCACGGGCUCCUGGAUGGCUCUGAUCCCCGCGUGCAUCGGGCAGCUGUGCCGCGCCGACGAGUUCGGGAAAUAUUACGGCGCCGUGUACACCGUCGCCAGCGGAGUCAAAAAUCGAGAGCAAAGGGACAUUUGGUUGUAUGCAUUGGAAGCAUGA